UUUUUUUUUUUUUUUCACUUUUAGACUUGCUUUGCAGAGCGUCGGUCGACCAUGCACAAACGUGGCGCUGCCUCUGUCUCGUUGGCGACACUUCUGGCGUGCUUGCUGUUGUUCUUGUCGUCGGGGCUUGUUCAAGCUUACGAUUCUCAAAGCGACUCGAGCUGCAACAAUGCGAAAAACGCCGGCAUCGGGUCCAACUCGAACGACAACAACUAUCAGUCUGGAACACUCACCAUUAGCGGAGCAACUUACAACACUCCUUUUUAUUGGACUUUCACGAGCAGCUAUAGUGGUUCGGUGAUGGUGGUCGGAUCGGGCAUGAGAUUCGCCCUGGCCAGCUCAGGCGGAAACUGCAAUGGAGGGCUCUUCCAAAGCUACGGCGUCUCGGCUCCUGGAACACUCUCUUGGUCGGUUGGUGCCGGUACGACCUACAAGUUUGUCCUCGGCGGGGUCUCUGGCUCGGUGAGCGGGCAAUCGUUCACUCUGACCUUUAAAUGCCAGGGCACUCAGUACUGGACGGGCUCCUCAUGCGCAACGUGCAAUCCCGGCUCCUACACUGACAAUCUAUCAUGCACGCCAUGCCAGUCCGGGUCUACUUACGACGACGACCUUAACUCGAUGUCCGCGUGCGUUCCUUGUUCCGGUGGUACGUGUCCGUCCACACAGUACCUGUCGUCGUCCUGCACAACCACCGCAGACAGAGUGUGCACGAACUGCAAUUCCAUCGGAAACUGUCAAGUCAUUUCUUGCACGACGUCGACGAAUCAAGCCUGCACCACGUGCCAGACCGGAUUUUACAAAGCUUCGGCCACGAGCUGCCCAGCUUGCACCAGCAUUCCAAACUGCCAAACAGGUUCUGUUACCUGCAACACAAACAGCGAUCAACAGUGUAGCACAUGCGUUUCAGGCUACUACCGAUCGACCAAUGGUGCGACAUGCCCGCAGUGUCCCGCCAUUCCUUUCUGCAACUCUGCUCCCACAUGCGCUGCUCCCGGCACAAAGUCGACCUGCUCGGCGUGCCAAUCCAACUAUUACAAAACGACUGGCACAUCGUCUACAUCAGACACGUGUACACAAUGCACGGCGAGCUGUCCCACGAACCAGUACAUGACCGCCACUUGCUCUGCGACGUCUGAUAUCACCUGCAGCCAAUGCGCGAUCGCGAAUUGCGGUGUUCCCGUCACUUGCUCCACGAGUACGAAUGCCGUGUGCACCACUUGCGCUGUGGGCACAUACCGAAAGACGUCAUCUGGUAGCAACGACCAGUGUCUGAAUUGCCCUGCCGUGAUCAACUGCGGAACAACGACGACCUGCGACUCUGCCUCUACGUCGCGAUGCGCAACCUGCAACUCGGGCUUUUACCUUCAGGCCGGAAAUUCGACUGCACCCGACCAAUGCGUGCCUUGUCCCGCUGUGCCGGGCUGCUCGGUUGCUCCGACUUGCGCCUCAGCGUCCACGUCAAAGUGCGCCACGUGCAAUUCGGGGACGUGGAAAGACACGUCUGGUCCCGCUGAUGUCUGUCGCGUUUGUGACCCAAUCAAUGCCUGCCUGUCGACGCCCACUUGCACAAGCUACAACUCGUCCGUGUGCACCACCUGCGCCGCUCAAAUGUGGAGGAGCACCAUGGCCAAUCGAUCUGACACUUGCGAAUCCUGCACUCCCAUCGCUGGUUGCACGUCGGGGUUGCAGUGCAAUUCUUUUACAACCUCGCAAUGUGUCACGUGUGUUCCUGGUACCUUCUUGAAUGACGGUGUGGCCGACAUGUGCCUCGGCUGCACGCCGAUCGAAAAUUGUGACGGCAGCGUGUCGCCCACCUGCAACUCGCCUACCACAUCUCGGUGCCCCACGUGCGUGUACGGGACGUGGAAAAACACGACGGGGCCUGCCGACAUUUGCCAGCUGUGCACGCAGAUUGACAAGUGCGGCUCGACUGUCUCCUGCGGAGACGCGACGUCAUCUCGCUGCGCCACCUGUCUCAAUGGAUACUACCGCAAAAACCAGGGCACCUUUGACACGUGCGAAACGUGCACUCCGAUUGCAGGCUGCGAGACCAACUACCUGGCGUGUUCGUCGCCAUCCACCUCGCAGUGCUUUUCUUGCGAGCCAGGAACUUGGAUGAACAGUGGAAGCACCGCGUGCACGCCAUGCAGUGGAAUUAUUGACUGUCUGGAUGUGCGCUGCACCGAUGGUAUUACGUCCACGUGUCAGCAGUGCGCGAACGGCACCUACUCGCCUGAUGCUGGGGCUUCUUGCACCACUUGCAGCCAAUCGUGCGGGUUGGGCAUGUUUGAGCAGCAAGCUUGCGCCCCGCAACAGGAUCGUGUUUGUGCAGCCUGCACACCUGUGUCGAAUUGCAACACGACUCUCAGUUGCACGACCUCCAGCGACUCUGUGUGCGGCGGAUGCAUUCCUCCUCUGAUUCUCUCCUCCGACGCCCACCAGUGCAUCCCGUGUCCUUCUGGCCAGACCUACCAAGGCGCGCAGUGCGUUCUUGCCGGUAGCCCGUCAUCGAGUAGCGCUGUCGGUACCAUCGCCGGUGCCGCUGGUGGUGCCGCUGGUGGUUUGUUGAUCCUCCUCCUCCUGCUGCUUCUCGUCGUUCUCCCUCGGCGCCGGCGUGCGCGACAGCAACUCAAGAACUCACCCAGCGCCUCUGACUCUGAGGCAGUGUCGAUGACGGUCAAUCCGAUUGGCAAGAAACGCGAAUCCACAGCCAACGACCAGUCAAGCCAUUACGAAAUGCUGGCUUCCGACACUUCCGACAUUUAUGCCGAGCCUGCUCAGAAGCCAAAGCCACGCUCAGCCGCAGCCUCUCCUGGACUGUACGACAACUCGCCGGCAGCUGGCGCACAAGACAACACGUACGACAAACUGAACCAGACGGAGGUUUAUGCGGAAGCGGCGCAAUAUGCUGCCGUUGCUGCUCCGAAGCCUAGCGAUGGCAUGUUGUACGACAAUGGCCCGAGUGCUCCUUCUGAAGAAGCUUACGUCGAGCCGACGUCGAAGGCGACCUCAGCGGCUCCAGUUGCGGCUCAACCCGACAUGUACGACAACGGCAAGCCUGCACAACCAGACAUGUACGACAACGGCAAGCCAGCACACACCGCAGCAGCAAGCCGCGCACCUGUUCUCGCCGGCGCACUUUACGACAACUCCAACGGACGGGCUUCGCAAAUCUACGAGGAGCCCGGCAAGAAGCCGAGCGCAGACGCCGAAGAUGACAACGAGGACAUGUACAUUUAUGGCGCGCCUGGUGUUGCAGACCACAUGCCGUUUGCUGUUCCGUCGCGAUUGCCCGACUACGACAACCCCAACUCGAACGCCCAAAAGUCGUUUGCUGAGACGGUGCAGGUGCUGGGUGAUCUCGGCAUGGGCGAGUUUGGCCGAGUUGUAUCGGUCUCCCUCCCACGCGCCAUCUUCCCGGAAAAAACACUGAAGGGUACGACUGUCGAAACGCCUUCGAGCGAUGGCAAAGUCGUGCUGGCUGCCAAGAUGCUGCACGACCAUGCCACACCAAAGCAACGCGACGACUUUUUGGAUGAAGCACGCGUGAUGGGCCAGUUCCAGCACCCGGCCGUCGUCUGUGUGAUUGGUACGCAUUUCGACACAGAGCCAGUCAUGCUCCUGCUUGAGCUGUUCCCGUACGGCAGUCUGCAAAGCCUCUUGAAGAAGAGCGAGGCUGCUGGCGUCGUCUGGACGGCGGUCGAGCAGGCCCACGCGCUCGCCCAGAUUGCCAGCGGUAUGGCCUAUCUCACCAGCCAGCGCAUUGUUCAUCGUGAUUUGGCGGCUCGCAAUUGCUUGGUCGGACACAACCUUGUUGUCAAAGUCUCCGACUUUGGUCUGUCUCGUUCGAUGGCGGAGGACAAGGAUUACUAUGUCGUUCAAACGCGCGGCAAGCUUCCUGCUCGGUGGAUGUCGCCAGAGGCCCUCGGCUUCCGCAAGUUCACCGAGGCAUCCGAUGUGUGGUCAUUCGGCAUCGUCAUGUGGGAGGUGCUGACCUACGCGAGUGCGUCCCCAUUCGCCCACAUUCAAGCGGUCGCCGUGUUGGAGUAUUUGAGCUCGGGCGGUCGUCUGGAGCGUCCUGCGGUCUGCCCCGAUGUCUUUGACAAGCUGAUGCAGCACUGUGCGCAACAGCAGCCAUCAGACCGACCGCACUUCACCAACAUUGUUCCCAUCCUCGCGCGAGUCGUGUCGUCGGCCAAUACUCCACCCCGUGACGUUGGUGCGGUUGUGUCCCAGGCAUCAUCAUCAUCAGAGACUUAACGUUGCUGUUUCGGUUAUUCUUGUUUAUCGUGCGUUUUGCUUUUUUGAGUUUUCCAACUUUGCUGGUUGAUCUGUGCUUGUACUUUUUUUUUUUUUUGUGCUGCAUGCUUCCUCCUGUUUGUGCUUUGGGGUGAGUCAUCCAAGCUCGAGCGCAAUGUACAGUGUCACCACCA